CCUCCAUCCCCGUCUUCACUGGCCGCACACCACACCACAAGCCCCAUCGUCUCUCGAUCACUCGCCGCUGAAGAGCUUCUGGUGACUGGUGGCGCUUGUGGCAGUGCAAGCCGGUCACACUCUUGCCUUCAUCCACCCACCCUAUCUCUCACGCGCAGACCCAUCCACUCCUGGCUUGUCAGCCUCGAAGCUGGCUUCCUUGGCCUCGCUCAGGGUAUUGGACGGCUUGAAGCGCGACACCGUUCUAUACCAUCGCUUGCCAGGUCCUUUCGCCGCGCGAAUCACGAGCACUGGUGAAGUUCUUGUAGUAGAGCAGUCACACGGGCACGUCAGCAUCUCCCAGCUCUGGAUAAGCGUCAUCUGCCCUCGACUUAACCAGCUGAACUAUGGUGCAAGCAGGUGUCGCUCUUCCUGGAGGGCGCAGUGGCAACGAUGGAGCCGGCGGCAGUCGUGGAGGUGCGGACGGAAAGGGCAAGUCAUCUACAGGAGGUGUUGACAAAGUGGACGACGUCGCGGUGAUCGAACAGAGACUCAUGAGCAAACAUGGCAUCUUGCCAACUCUGCAGAACAUUGUAGCUACGGUCAAUCUUGACGUCAAGCUCGAUCUAAAGACCAUUGCCCUCCACGCACGCAAUGCCGAGUACAAUCCCAAGCGAUUCGCUGCUGUCAUUAUGCGUAUUCGUGAGCCAAAGACCACGGCGCUUAUCUUUGCAAGCGGAAAGAUGGUUGUCACUGGUGCCAAGUCGGAGGAGGAUAGUCGUCUAGCAAGCCGCAAGUAUGCACGUAUCAUCCAAAAACUCGGCUUCGAGGCCAAGUUCUCCGAAUUCAAGAUACAAAAUAUCGUUGGCAGCUGCGACGUGAGAUUUCCAAUUCGUCUCGAGGGCUUGGCGUAUGCCCACGGUCCUUUCUCGUCCUACGAACCAGAGCUUUUUCCCGGUCUCAUUUACCGCAUGGUCAAUCCUAAGGUGGUGCUGCUGAUCUUUGUCAGCGGCAAGAUCGUGCUCACAGGUGCCAAGGUCCGCGAGGAGAUCUACAGCGCUUUUGAGAAGAUCCUUCCUGUACUCGCCGAGUACAAGAAACCAUAAGUCUGCGCUUCAACGCUACCCGUCAGCGCGUGCAUAUAUGGGUUUCUGUUGAGCCCAAGAGCUUCGCUCACUUGGUCAAACCCAUGACACCAGUCCCCUCUCGCUUUCCGACGCAAUUCUGACACUCUACAGCCAAAGCGAGAUUCUCGCACAGCAUUUUCUGUACUCCAGCCAACUGUCUCGGCAAUUCAUCAUUUUACGCGG